AUUAAGUAGAGCAGAACGGCCCAGCCAGGAUCUCUCUCUACGGUCUCUUCCUCUAUCACGCCAUUGGCUCUUGAAGCGGAAAUUUUGACCAAUAGGAAUGUGACAGCGAAUCCUUUAAUCCGUUGCCAGACGACCGACGGAAAGCGCCUCUGUGAAACAGGAUGAACAUGGAUAUAACUGUGUUGUUGUUGCUGCUGUUGACUUUAUAUGGAGUCCCUUCAACCGGACAAAAGAAAAAGGAGACCCUGCUCUCUGAGAAGGUCGGCCAGUUGAUGGACUGGACCGGGAGAAGAGCUGUGAUCCGUAUGAACGGGGAGAAGUUUCGUCGCUUUGUGAAGGCUCCUCCCAGGAACUACUCUGUGGUCAUCAUGUUCACCGCCCUGCAGCCGCAGAGACAGUGUGGCGUCUGCAAACAGGCUGACGAAGAGUUCCAGAUCCUUGCUAAUUCCUGGCGUUACUCCACUGCCUUCACCAACAAGGUCUUCUUCGCUACCGUCGACUUUGACGAAGGAUCCGACGUCUUUCAGAUGUUGAAUAUGAACUCGGCUCCCUCCUUCAUCCAUUUCCCAGCUAAAGGGAAGCCUAAGAAGUCCGACUCCUAUGAGCUGCAGGUCAGAGGCUUCGCUGCAGAACAACUGGCCCGCUGGGUCGGGGACCGCACUGACGUACAGAUCCGUGUGAUCCGUCCUCCUAACUAUGCAGGUCCGUUGAUGCUGGGAUUCCUGCUGGCAGUGAUAGGAGGACUGGCUUACCUCCGUAGAAACAACCUGGAGUUCCUCUACAACAAGAACGUCUGGGCCUUCUCUGCUCUGUGUUUCUGCCUGAUCAUGACUUCAGGUCAGAUGUGGAACCACAUUAGAGGACCUCCCUACGCCCACAAGAACCCCACUACUGGACAAGUGAGUUACAUCCACGGCAGCAGUCAGGCCCAGUUUGUAGCAGAAACUCACAUCGUGCUGCUCUUCAACUCUGCUGUUACCAUGGGGAUGGUGCUGUUGCACGAGGCUGCCACGUCAGAUAUGGACAUUGCCAAAAGGAAAAUCAUGUGUGUAGCAGGGAUCGGUCUGGUGAUGCUCUUCUUCAGUUGGCUGCUGUCCAUCUUUAGAGCUAAAUACCAUGGAUACCCUUACAGUUUCCUGUUGAGUUAGAGCUGGGAGGAAGAAGCCUGGAAGUUCCAAAGUGCCUCGGACAUCUCACACGACAACAACACAACACCACAACAACACAACACCACAACAACACAACACCACAACACACCACAACAA